AUGCCUUCUGAAUCUGUGGCGUCUUCCUGGCAUCCGGCCUUCAUGCCGAAUUCCACGGCCGACACAAUCAAGUCAGAAGUUCCCCAUCCGCAACAACCACAAUCACAGCCACAACCCAACGCGCUCCCCGUACAAGAACCUCCCAUCGAAACUUCAGAUCCCGAUAUAUCCACGGAGAGACGAUAUCCAGGUCCUGAAGAUGCUGCGGUGAACAAUUUGAAGCAGCCAGAACUGAGCACUCAGCCAACGCAAAAUGCUCCUCCUUCGGCAAACGAACUAGAUGUUGCGCCCACGACAUCCCCAGCAGGCUUAGGCUUGGAAGCGUUGGAAGACGGCCCAUUGGAUAAUGGCGUCGACGAUCGGGACACAAUCGACGAUGACGCAGCGGAGCUCCCGUCGGAAAUCUCCAACCACGCGAACAAGCACCUCAGCACGAUGUCUUUCACGAGAACCGUGUCGCAAGACGUUAGCUGGGGUGAGGACGAUGAGGUGGAUCCGGAGUGGAAUCUUUCCAGGACAGAUACCGAUCCUUUCAAACUCAUGCCCAAAUCAGACCGGACGAAUUCGUUCCCUAUGGUUCCACCCCUCCAUUCGCCUGAAACUAUUCACGCCGAUACGCCGUUGGCCCCGACCCAGGCAGGAGAGGUCAUACAGAAGGCUGAAAAGGGGUCGGCAGACCUGUUCGCAGACGGGGAUAAUGAUGAGGCAGAUUUCUUCAGUCAGCAGGCUACUUCGAAUACUAGCCCAGGCCUUCUCCCAGAAUCCUCGAAUGGCGGAGAUAUUGAGGGCAACAGGUUAGAUUUCGGGCAGUCAUAUGGUGGGGAUGCGCUGCAGGCGGACGAUCAAGCUCAGUCUCGCUUUGAGGAAGGCCUCCCGCUAGUUCAAGCGUCGGAAGUAUCUCGUGGCGAUUAUGGAUCAUCUCCAUUUAUGGAUGAAGGAAAUGAUGAGGACGACUUUUUUGCACAAGUCCGCAAGUCGGACGAUGCUACGGGACAACCCGCUCCGCCAUCUCUUCAAAGAAAAUCGACGACGCAGGCCAUGGAUCUGGGGAAUCACCUGCCAGGUGGAGACACUCAGGAGUCGCCUAUACAAACGACAGGAAGCUCACAAGGCUCACUUGAUAAGGUGACUGGCGGGAGCAUCAGUGCAUCAGCCAGUACUGUCUUAUCUCAGGUCUUUGGCGACCCCGAAACACCUAUCCACAAUCAAACAGAUGGCCAAGUUUUGGAAGCAGGUUCUGGUGAGAGUGAUCUUGCUGAAAAAUGGAAAGCCGCAUUGGCCGGCGAUGAGUUUCUGGACGAUGAGGACGGGCUUUUGGAGGACGACGAACCAGUGGAAAAUAAUACUGCCCUUGAUCCGGCCACACUCUUUGGAAGUGAUGAUGAAGGCUUUUUAGAAGACACCGACGAGCAAAAUGAGUUUACGGCGCCACCUCUACAAAGCCCCCCGAUUCCGACAUCUGUCACCGGCCCCAAUGGUCAUGUGGCAGGGUUUGACAAUCUCACCCAAGGAGCCCAACCAACCCGUCCCAGCAGCAGUCGAUAUGUUCCUACUGGUGUAAGUACGGCGACGGCUCCUCAACCAAAUAAUAGCUAUCUGCCAACUGCGCCACUUUUAGCAGAUCUUUCGAGCCCAGCAAUUAAUAGUAUUGCAACAAGCCCAUAUGUAGCACCAGCUACCCAACCGCAAUCUGAUCGUCCAGAUGCGCCCAGGGCUCAAAGCUUUGCCGCCAAGUCCAAAGGCGGAUAUUCAUCACCUUAUGACUUACCAAUGGAAGUUGUAAAACCCCGGAAGCGUGUAAGCUUGCAGAAUAUUGGUCGUGCCAACAAUGUACCUACUGCGCCAGCAACCGCCCCUCCUCCCAGAAGCACCAGUAUGUUUGCACAGCAGGUACCGCCACCAAGGGAAGCAAAGUCCACAUUAACAUCACCCACGGACAGCCAGGCGCCACUAUCCCAACCUCUCCAGAACAAGUCUUCGAGCAGUUUCUUCGAGGAGCUGCCUAUGUCUCAAAAGGCAAGGCCAGCCCCAAGACACUCAAAUAGCUACGGGCUUCCAGCAACAAGUCCUUAUGCCUCCCCUAACCUUUCCACCCCGCCAUUUAAUCAAACCGCGGGACCAACCCCCUACGCAUCUCAACAGCAGUCAGUACAAUCAUCAAUUCCGGCUACAGACCUAGUCGCGCCGGAACGGGUCAGCCCGUAUGCUUCCCUUCCAACGGGCAAUGUCCCACCACCAGCCGUAUCCUCCAGAUACUCUCCUGCACCUCCACACACGCAGAAUCAAAUCGCCCCUCCGCCCGUUUCUCAAGCUCGAUAUUCUCCUGCGCCUCCUGCCCCCCGUCCGCAGCUCCAAACGUCCAACUCACUUCCUCUAACUUCACCACCCCCGGUGCUUGCCCACCAGCCUAGGACUUCUAGUCCUCUCGCUCAAUUCGAGAGAACCCAUGAUUCAAGGCCACAUAGUGCAGAGACCCCAAGUUUUGAUCGUCGAAGUAGCUCCUCGGGUUAUGAGCCAGCUUCAAAAACCGCCCAUCUUCCUCCAACUCGUGAAGUUGACGAGGAAGAGCCAUAUCUGCCGAGCGGUACUACAGCCUAUGGAGCUUUGUCGAUUCCGAAUGCACAUCCACCACCUCCCUCCCACGGUAUGGCGAUGGUUUCUCAGACACCGCCACCACCACAAAGUAUUGCCUCCAAAAUAUACUCUUCGCCCCCCAAGCGCACCCCGUCGUAUCUACCUAAUCAACCCCCAAGUAGUAUCGACCAGCAUCAGGCAAUCGUCCCUCCGAAAAGGUCGCAAACCCAAUCUCCUGGCACAGCAUUUACUGGUCCAAGGUUUGACAUGGUCGCUUCUCCUCCUUAUCAACGGCCCGCGUCCGUAGAAGUCCCAACGUCCCCUCGGAUGCAGGUUGGAGUAGCUACAGCGCCAACAGCGCCUUCUCACGGGCGUAUGAGAGGCUUUUCUCAAGGCCUUGAUUACGUCGCUCCCAGUGAUGGUCGGGAACACGACCCUUUACAGAGGUGGAAAGGUGCCCCCAUUAUUGCCUGGGGUGUUGGUGGAACUAUUGUUACGUCCUUCCCGAAAGAUGUUCCGCGAUAUGGGAUGAACCAGGCUACACCCAUGAUUCUCCGAAGCCCUGGGGAAGUAAAGGUCAAAGGUAUCAAAGAUAUCGAUCCUCUCCCGCCUAGGCUAACAACCUUUCCGGGGCCUCUGAAAGGGAAGUCGAAAAAGAAGGAGGUAGUUGGCUGGCUGGCUUCUGGCAUUGAAUUCCUGGAGCAUAAUGCAUCAUAUUUACGUUCGAUUCCCCAUCUGUCCCAUGAAGACAAACGAACUGAAGAGCGUAUAUUACUUUGGAAAAUCUUGAGAACAUUUGUCGAGAAUGACGGUACCCUAGAAGGCAAUCCAACUGUUGAUAAAGCUGUGAGGGAUGUUAUAUCUCCCGGCGUCGACGACAAUUCUACCACUACCCCACUCUAUGCGACUGGAGCAGACCUUUCAGGCAUUUCUCGGACUUCGACUUCAGUCGCGAGAUCUGAACCAAUAGACCCUGCAGCUGUUGACCACCUGAGGAUGCAUCUGCUACGUGGCGAGCGUGAAAAGGCAGUAUGGGAAGCCGUGGAUAAACGGCUAUGGGGCCAUGCGAUGCUCAUAUCCAAUACAGUUUCGAGGGAGCUAUACAAACAGGUUGCACAGGAGUUCGUUCAAAAGGAAGUCAAAAGUACUGGUGAUAAUACUGCGUCACUUGCAGCUCUGUACGAAAUAUUUGCUGGAAACUUUGAAGACAGUAUCGAUGAACUUGUUCCAGCUUCAGCUCGGGCUGGUUUCCAAAUGGUUAGCACCUCAAACACAAACGAGCGCUCCAAAGAUGCCUUAGAUGGCCUCGAUAGAUGGAGAGAAACUCUGGGGCUUGUGCUGAGCAACAGGAGUGUCGACGACAUUCAAGCCCUGAAUGCAUUAGGAAAGCUCUUGUCUGGUUAUGGUCGAGCUGAGGCGGCGCAUAUCUGCUUCUUAUUCGCGAGGAACCUCUCAAUAUUCGGCGGGGUCGAUGACCCCUCGGCAAGCAUUGUCUUGGUUGGAUCUGAUCAUAUGAGGCAGCCAUGCGAAUUUGAUAAAGAGCUAGAGUCCAUUCUACUCAGCGAGGUUUUCGAGUACGGAAUGUCGCUAUCCAGCACCUCAAAUGUGGCGGUUUCCAGUCCUCACUUAUCCGUUUACAAACUCCAGCACGCGAUGGUUCUCGCAGAAUAUGGUUUUCGGGAGAAGGCUCUGCAAUACUGUGAAUCUAUUGCUUCAUCCAUUACUUCCCAAACCCGACGAUCUCCAUACCACCAUCCGCUGCUUAUAUCGGCUCUAGAUGAUCUAAGCAAGCGUUUGAAGCAAUCUCCCAAAUCGGAAUCGUCAUCAUGGUUGUCAAAGCCAAGCAUAGACAAGGUUUCGGGGUCUGUAUGGGACAAACUUAGCAAAUUUGUCGCGGGCGACGAAGAUGAUGCAGCUGGAGCUAUUACAGGUGAUGGAGCGGAAAUCGGCCCUUUUGCCAGGAUCGCAGGUGGCACUCCUACCAUCAGCCGGUCGCCAUCUAACUCGGAACUCUACGGCUCCUAUAAUGGGGGCCUAGGCAUUAAUGGUGCCAUGCCAGCAGCUCCGGUCAACAAGGCCAGCUCAAGAUACGCCCCAGGUCGUUCCCAUACACCGGAGACCCGAAGCGGGUCGUACGCCUCUCAGCCUCGAACUUCAAUGGAAGGGAGAUCAUCGGGCGAACACCAUCGAUAUGAACCUCAGCGUCAAAUGUCUGAUUAUCAGUCCAACUCACAACCUCCUGUAAAUAACUAUGCACCCCAGACGAACGAAAUAUAUACUCCGCAAACUUCAUAUAUUCCACAUGGAAACGAUUCACCUUACGCGCCUCAAUUAACUACGCCAAUUACCGACCAAGCCCCGGCUAGCAUCUAUUCCUCCCCACAACCGGUUAACAAUCUGGAUGCUCAUCAAAAUCCUUCAUACUCCUCACUAGAACCGUCUUCGAACCAACAAUUUGCUUAUGAGCCCCCCAACGGAUAUGAGCCAACGACAUCUAGCAGUUACGAACCGCCCAGUAGUGGUUACGAACCGCCAGCCUAUGAACCUGUUACAUUCGGUGAUGAACCCGAUUCGCCUGUUGAUACCAAACCCAAGAAAAAGUCGUUCAUGGAUGAUGAUCAAGAUGACAUUCCAGUUCCCAAGAGACCAUCCGCGGCACGGGAACAGUCGAAGGAGGAAAAGGAUCGGGAGGCAGAUGAAGCCUUCCGGAGAGCUGCUGAAGCAGAUGCCCAAAAGUCUGCGACUGCACCCGCGAAGCGAGGCUGGGGUCUCGGAGGCUGGUUCGGAGCUGGGAAGAAAGAAUCUGCUGAUGUCCCACAAUCGAACAAGCCAAUUAGGGCCAAACUUGGAGAGGCUAGCUCUUUUGUUUAUGAUCCCGACCUCAAACGAUGGGUGAACAAAAAGGGUGGUGAUACCGCGCCUACGCCCACAGCAACUCCGCCUCCACCCAAAUCCGGUCCACCACGGACAGCCAGUGGAGGGCCUACGUCGGCCCCUCCGCCUUUGUCCCGGACGACGCCCGCCAUGCGCGCCGCUUCAGAUGGUGAUAGCCGGCCACAUUCCAAUCUUGGGAAUGGUCCACCAACUUCAUCUGCUGAUGUAGGUAGUGGUGCAUUGGCACCACCUUCAGCCCCUGCUAUGAGUCGCAGUGUGAGCAGUGGCAGCGUCCAGAAUCGCUCACCCAGCGCACCGCCUAGUAGACCUAGUACUGGAAUGAGUAACGCAAGCAGUAUUGAUGAUUUGCUUGGUCCUCCGACUGCCGGCGCUAGGAAGGGCACAGUGAGGAAGAAGAAGGGUAGGGGUUAUGUGGAUGUUAUGGGGGAGAAAGCGGCUUCCUGA